CACGACCGAUUGCAUUAAAGUGUAAGAAUGUAGCGCAUGCAUUAAGACCAUUAAUAGAAAAAGAGAUAGAUAGAUUACUUAAAUUGGGGCAUUUAAAGCCAGUCGACGUGAGCGAAUGGGCCACGCCGAUAGUACCGGUAUUCAAAAGUAAUGGUAAUAUUCGAAUUUGUGGAGAUUUUAAAAUGACGUUAAAUCCGCAUAUUAUUAUGGAUAAAUAUCCCUCGCACACAAUCGAUGAUAUUUUUGCUAAGCUUCAAGGCGGAGAUACUUUUACUGAAUUGGACUUAACGCAUGCCUACAUGCAAUUUUCCGUAGAGGAAGAAUGCUCGAAAUUGUUAACAAUUGUAACUCAUGGCAUUUUAGGUACACAAAGGUACCAGAGAGUGUUUCGCCUGCACCUGCGGAUGUUCAAAAGAAAAUGGAUGAGUGUUUGAGAGGAUUACAAGGCACGAUAGCGUAUAUUGAUAAUAUUUACGUAACAGGUAAAACCACGGAAGAGCAUUUAAAAAAUUUAGAGAACGUCUGUAAUAGAUUACAAGAAUGCGGAUUACGACUAAAUAGAGAAAAAUGUAAGUUUAUGCAAGAAAAAUUAGAAGUGUUAGGAUUUGUAAUAAAUAAAGAGGGGCUGCAUAAAGCAAAAUCGAAGGUAAAAGCCAUGAUAGAAGCGCCUCAACCGAAAAAUGUAAAAGAAUUAGAAUUUCUUGGGUUAAUAAAUUUUUACGCGAGAUUUUUAGAAAAUAGAUCAGUAAACUUAAAGCCGUUAUACGAUCUUCUAAAAAAAGAGAAAUUUGAAUGGGACGAAAAUUGUUCAAAAGCUUUUAGUUAGGUAAAAAAUGAAUUAAUUUCACCAAAAGUGUUAGUAAAUUUUGAUCCAAAAGAGAAAAUAGUUUUGGCAUGCGACGCUUCAGAUUACGGUCUGUCAGCAAUUAUAUCACAUAAAUGUAAAGACGGCACUGAAAAGCCAAUCGCGUUCGCGUCUCAAAAAAUUCCAAAAAAUGAAUUAAAUCGGAAAAUACUAGAUAAAGAAGCAAUGGCUAUAAUGUUUGAGGUAAAACGGUUUUAUCAGUUUCUUUUUGGGAAACAAUUUAUUUUAAGAACGAAUAAUAAAGCAUUAGAAUUAAUACUAGGUCCAAGAAAAGGGAUUCCAUUAACCGCGGAUAAUCGGUUUCAAAGAUGGGCUUACUAUUUAUCCGGGUUUAGAUAUCAAAUAGAACAUGUAAAAUCAGAAGCUAAUGCAAACUGCGAUGCAUUAUCAAGACUUCCGAUAGAUGACGAUACUGAGAUGAUAGGGUCAGAUUUUUCGCAUGUGAAUUUUUUCGAAGAGGGAGUGGCCGCGAUUCGAUUAUAAAAUAUUAUCGGAAGAAAGUAAAAAAGAUGAAUUGAUUGCUACUUCAAUCAAGCGAGUUUUAGGAAAUUGGCCUAUGAAUUCAAAAGAAAUGUCGAACGAUGAAAAAAGUAUUUAUAACAAAAGAUUAGAAUUAACAACGGAAAAGGGUUGUUUAUUUUGGGGAUUAAGAGCAGUAAUUCCAGAAAAAUUAAGAGGUAUUAUAUUAAAAGAACUACAUGCUACACAUUUAGGCAUUGUAAAAAUCAAAAUGUUUGCACGCUCAUAUGUAUGGUGGCCUAAUAUUGAUCGUGAUAUAGAAAAGUUAGUAAAAGAUUGUAAAAUUUGUUUAACAGAAUUAAAGAAACCACCAUUUACGCCUUUAACUACAUGGCCUUGGCCAGAUAAAGCAUGGAGCCGCAUUCAUUGUGAUUUCGCAGGUCCAUUUUAUGGAAAUAUGUAUUUGAUUAUAAUAGACGCUCAUAGCAAAUGGCCAGAAAUUAUAAAUUUUAAAAGUAAUACAAAAGCAUACAGACUGUGCGAAGAGUUUAGAGUAUUAUUUUCACGACACGGACUUCCUCUGCGUUGUGUAACAGACGGAGGCCCACAAUUUAGAAGCGCUGAAUUUCAAAAUUUUUUGUUAAAUAAUGGGGUAAAGCACAGCUUCUCACCGCCGUAUCAUCCUGCUACGAACGGUGCAGCAGAAAAUUUUGUACAAACUUUUAAAGAUAAAGUUUCUAAAAUUGUUAAAGCGGGAAAAACGCUGGAAACAGCUAUAAACAUGUUCUUAUUUGACUAUCGUAGCAUCGAACAUUGUACGACCAAAAGAACUCCGGCGUAUUUAAUGUAUAAAAGGGAGAUUAGAACUAGGUUCGACUUGCUCAAACCAAGCGUUACAGAAACAGUCGCGCAAAAACAGCGUGAUUAAAUAAUAGCAAGACCGGGAAAGCGCAAGGUAGACUUCUCAUCGGGAGAACAAAUUAUGGUAGACGAUUUCGGUGUAAGAUCGGAAAAAAGAAUGAGUAGGACUAUUGCAAAACAAGUCUCACCAUCGACUUACGUUGUAUCUAAUGAUAAAGGUAACCUAGUUAAACGCCACGUAGAUCAAAUGAUAAAAUGUAAUAAUCCUGAUGUAAAAUUGCGACGCUCUCCACGUUUUCAGGGAGAGUCAAGUUUAAAAAGAACGGAGAGUUGUAAUGUAUGAAGAAACGCCUGCGUCAGCGUUUAUGCGAAGCGAGCCUCAGCGCACUCGCCAACACUGUACAUGCGGCAGUUGCUAUAUAGACGCGCACGAAUAUGUAUCAUAAGUAACACCAAUUAUU